AUGAGUGUCAGCCCGCCGCCUCUCAAGAGAAGGUGUCUGGGCGACAAGGAAACUGAGCCCGCCACUUCACCCAUGGAUACUUCAAACAAGGAGCGCUUCUGCGUGUACUCCUGGAACAUCAAUGGAAUUCAGCCCUUCGCCCAGAAGCUACGACCACAGCAUCCCUUCGAGAUUUCCUACGGCGACAUUCCUGGCCUACCAUACUCUGUCUCCAAGAAAAGUACCAAAGAAGGCGAGCCCGACUAUGAAGCUCACUUCUGUCUGCCCACCGAUCCUCACAAUGCUCGUGGUUUCGGUAGGAAAGUAUAUGGUGUAUGCACCAUCAUUCGCAAAAGUUUCGUCGCCAAGUAUCAGCCAAUUGUUCGGACUGUGGACUGGGAUCUCGAAGGCCGUAUUCAGAUUGUUGAGAUUGAAGAACCUAAAAUGAGUAUCUGGAACAUCUAUGCUGUCAAUGGCAUGACAGGAAGCUAG